AUGAAGGGUAUCAUUAUUAUGAGUGAUGCAUCGGAAAUUAUUUUCUGGUCAGCUGAUACUGAGUUAACGGAUAGAUUAAAGGAAAAAACUAUAGAGAAAGGGUUACACAACACGGUCAAUGGAGAUAUUGAAGCUGACUUAAGAGACUACGCGUUACUAAAUUGGCUACAACCACAAAAACUGACGUUCGAUUGUCUAAGUUUUGGCUUGAAUAAUCCCUUACAAUAUAGCAAGACAGAUGACGGUGUUACCAUAGUCUACCAGAAGCUUGAUGCUUGGUUUUACGUUGGUAUUGACGGUGAUGAAACUGUUCAAGAAGACACAAUUCUGCGCAAAAUCCGCAUCUGCCAUCAGUUGAUAAGGCUGCAUUACGGGCUAAGCCUAUCGAAGUUUGCUACCCUACAAGGUAACGAACGGCAGAAUCAAUGGCAGUACUUCGAUAGUUUAAUCAAAUUUUGGUUUCAUCUUUGUAAUAAUGAACAGGCUUUCUUGUUUGAGGCGAUUGAACGAGUGAGAUUGGAUUCUUCCUUGAGUCAAAUUUGUAUUUCAGCAAUUAAAGAAGCUAGAAACUGUCAUGUAAAUGAGAAUGCUCUGGAAUUAGAGUGUGGCGAUCUCCUAUUAAUUAUAGGUUUAUCUUAUUUCUUACUAACUGAUGUCAGUCAAUCUGUAGUAAGAGACUCUGGUACUGAAGAACACAAGAUCGAUUGCUUUCGACGCCUCAUCUUUUUACCGUUUGGAAACUUUGGGUUCAUUCCUUUCAUAAUACACGGAAUUAAGAUAUAUUCAGGAAUGAUUUUCGUAUUUGUUUUAAAGGUCGAAAAUGAAAAAGUAGCAAAAUCCCUAUGUGAUUGUGCUACUAAAUUGAGUGCAAUUAUGAGAGAAGAUGCAGUGAUUAAGAAAGAUAUGAGAACUAAGAUAGCCAUGUUUGAAAGCGAAAUAAAAACACUUGCAAGUCUACUUAAAAAGAAGAUUAAUUCUGAGGAACUUCCUGGCAACCUAGAAAAAAUUUAUGGCAUACUUAAGCAGAGACUAGAUGAUUAUAAAGAUUUUGUCCUGGUUAAAGGAUCUUACAAUAAUGAAAUUGGAUUUUAUAAUGACACUUGUCCUAGACUUUUGCACUUUGUCUUUCUAAAUCGUACAACCGGAAAAAUAAUUACACCUUAUAUUGAUACUGGUGUAAAAGAAUUAAGGCAAUUUGGUAUCUUUGCUUUAAAGUGUGGAUGCAAUUACGUAGCUGUUAGAAAAGAAGAUUUUUUUUGUACAUACCGUAUGUGGUUCGAAGGGAAAUCGAAUUCAGUAGUAGAGCCGGAACGUAUCAUCAAAAUAGGAAACAUUUAUCCACUUGGAACAGUUUGCGGCGAUACAUUUAUGUAA